AUGGGAUGUGCUGCUUCUCUUCCAGACAGGAACUCUGGAGGGUUAAACGGUCUUAACAGCUCAGAGAAUGCAGCUUCAUCAGAUGCUAAGAAUCUACGCGUAAAGUUAGUUCUAUUAGGAGACUCUGGUGUGGGUAAAAGCUGCAUUGUCCUUCGGUUUGUCCGUGGCGAGUUUGAUGCAACUUCUAAGGUAACUGUUGGAGCCUCGUUCUUGUCCCAAACAAUAGCCUUGCAAGACUCUACCACAGUGAAGUUUGAAAUAUGGGAUACAGCAGGGCAGGAGAGGUAUUCUGCUCUUGCGCCACUAUACUACCGUGGAGCUGCAGUUGCUGUCAUUGUGUAUGAUAUAACAAGCCCUGUGUCGUUUAAGAAAGCUCAGUAUUGGGUUAAGGAACUGCAAAAGCAUGGAGCUCCAGAUAUUGUUAUGGCUUUGGUUGGUAACAAAGCUGAUCUACAUGACAAAAGAGAAGUACUAACCGAUGAUGGUAUGGAGCUUGCAGAGAAGAACGGCAUGUUCUUUAUUGAGACGUCAGCCAAGACGGCAGAUAACAUAAACCAACUGUUUGAGGAAAUUGGCAAGAGGCUACCUCGUCCUUCACCUUCGUCUUGAUUGGAGUGUUGGAUCAUCUUCAGGGCAAUGCCCGGACUAUAUACUAAACGUUUCAUACUUUCAUGUAAUGUUUAAACGGUACCUCUCUAUCUGUUUAAGUGUGUUGUAUAUACUGUGAAGACUUGAGAUUGGAGAGUAUCUGAACCUGGAAAGUUGAAAGCCAAAGUCAAAUUAAGCAACGUUGGGUAUUGGCACGUUAC